AUUUGCAUUGGAAUAGGAAUUUGAACUAGGCAAUAGCCCAAAGAGAAAUCCCAGCAAACCUCAUUUUAGGGAACAAUAUAGACUCUCAAGCUAGAGUGCUCUGUUUGAAUAGGAGAACAUGUGUGAAUGUUAAGCUAUUACCUUGUUCAAUAAGCUGUGUAGUAUGUUGUGUUAGCUUGUGACUGGGCAGAGCAACUUUGACACUGGUCAAGUCAGGACCUAUGUGCUGAACUUUCGAGACCGUGAUAAACCAGAUUGGCAUCGGACAGCGAACAUAAGGAGAAAACGAAGCGCUGGAACUACACUACCACAACAUUACAUCAAAGCUGCCUUAGUUUUUGACGAAACCUUUCACGCGCCUUUUAAUCUUGAUGAGAAAGCAUUGGAAAUGUUUGCGGUAAAUCUCACGACGGCAGUAGAUCAGACGUUCAGAAAGCUUCAUAAUACCAGGAUUGUAUUAGUUGCCAUGGAAACGUGGAUGUCUAAAGAGCACAUGAAUGUUUCAUCGCCGCCUCAUCUUAUGGAUAGGUUUCAGGGCUAUGUCACCAACACUUUGCCAAAACAUCAUCAUAUUGCCUUUUUAAUUAUCUUCAAUUCCUCAGAUAUGGCAAAAUCGAUAACAAACUUUGAUUCGAUUUGCCAACCCAAUCGACCGGCAGUUGGCAUUAUCCAGGUUUCAGAUGUUUCAAAUUUACUGAGCAUAGCAACUCUAAUAUCAAGAGGAAUAGCAACAAACAUGGGAAUAUUAGACGAUACAGAUGCCUGUCAAUGUGAAUAUAAUAGUUGUGUCAUGAACACAUCAACCAUUAGUGUUACCCCAGGUUUUUCAGACUGUAGCGAGAAAACAUUCCAAACAGCCUACGAAAGAAGGAAAUAUUGGUGUCUCGAAACUCCCCCAAGAAAUGUUGAGCUGAUAGAAGCACCCCUGUGCGGCAAUGGAAUAGUCGAAACUGGAGAAGAGUGCGACUGUGGAAAUGAUACAGCUUGCUUAUCCUGUUGUCAAGAAUGUGUUUUAAAGGAAGGGGCUAAGUGUGCAGGAGGAACAUGUUGUAAUACACAGUGUCAGCUCUUAUUGGCUGGUACGCUCUGUAGAAAACGUAGAGGACAAUGUGACAUCCCAGAAUAUUGCUCAGGUACAUCCGGGAAUUGUCCUGAAAACUUAGUACUUCACAACGGAGCCCCCUGUGAGAAAAAGGGAAUGUGCUAUGCAGGGUUUUGUUCAUCAAUGCAAGAUCAAUGCUCUCAAUUAUGGGGUGAAGGUAGCAGGUUAGCUGGAAAUACCUGCCCACCAAACAUCACGGCUGAAAUUACUGAAAGAGCAUCUAAUCACAGGGAUGCUAAAUGUGGACUUCUCAAAUGUGACGUAAGGGAUGCAGACAUGAUGUCAUUGCAAUCCCGUUCCUUCAUGGAGCUAGCAAGCUGGGCCUCGAACAAUCCUCAGUGCAAAGUGGUUAGCAUAGCCUUAUCUGACGGAACAAACCGAGGCGCUGUCCCCGAAGGAACGGCUUGUGGUAAAGGCAGAAUCUGUAGGUCGGGCCAGUGUCUUCCAGUUGAGAGACCAUCUUGUCCUAUAGGAACUGCAAGAAAGACCUGCUCAGGAAACGGAGUAUGUGCUAUCACGGGAGAUUGUAUUUGUUUCUGUGGAUGGAGUGGUAGAUCUUGCUCUGUACGAAACUCAUCACGAGAAGGAGUAGUCUGCGUACCUAAAUCGGUAUUCGUUACCAGUGACGUCACAACGAACACCGAAGCUUCUCCCACAGAAAGUAUUGAUCCAACUGAUGAAGGCCAAGUACGUGUCUUAACGAGCGCCAUCAUCGGUGGUUGUCUGGCUAUUAUCUUUGUAGUAGCAAUCAUCUUUGGGGCCACUUCGGUAGGAUUCAGGCGAGCAAGAGGAAAGAACAACCAGGCAAGGAGGAUGCAGCAAGUCAAACUUUUUUCGAUGUUCCAACCAACCAAACAGCAGAAGAAGCGACUGGCAAAGUUCGGUGGGGGCAGGUCACCGUAUAAAGCUGGAGAGCUGGAAGCCUCUACGUCAUCGAUGGGCCCCACAUCGGGGCCCUUAGCGGGUCCCCCUUCCAGCCACUCUGACAAUCAUCAUCAUCAUCAUCACCACCAUCAUCAUCAUCAACCCAAACAUCAUAAUCACGGGGGCAGUGGUGGUCAACCAGCGGGUCGUAUACAUGGGAAAAAUAAAAAGCAGAAGAAAGUGCAAUUACUAAUCGAUAUGGACACUCAUAAACCAGGCAGAGCUGGUGAUGAAAAGGCAAGGGCGGAGACUAUUAUUUGAACAUAACCCACCGGUCGGACAGGAAGACCAGAAAAACCUUGAUGAGCUAUGGAAUUCGUAUGUGGAUGAGACAUAGCAUCGAUCCCACCAGGUCACAUGAUACAAGUUGAUCGUCCUGUAACAUAGAAAGAAUCAGUAUAAAACCUAUUUGUACAAGAUUUUGAAUCAUUGCACUUAAAGGGAUGCUUCAGGGGGAAAAUAUCUAUUCUUCAAUAAAUAGAGUAAAAUUAACAUAGCAAAAUUUUGAAAAUUUGAUCAAAAUCGGAUAACAAAUAACAAAGUUAUUGAAUUUUAAAGAUUUGCAUUAUUCCGGUGAAAAGUUCCAGAAUUUUUCAUGAAUAUUCAUUAGGUGGGCUGAUGAUGUCAUAUCACCACUUAUUCUUUUGUAUUUUAUUAUAUGAAAUUAGGUUUAUUCAAAUUGUUUCUACCAAGAACUAAAUCAAUUGGAAUGACAACUGAUUAAGUGCAUUUGUUAUUUAUUGCUGCAACUUAUUUCAUCAUAAUGGAGACAUCAUUUACACACAUGUAUGAAAAAAUGAAGAAAAAAAAAAUGAUUUCAUGUAAUAACAUAAGAAAAAGGAAAGUGGGGAUGUGACAUCGUGAACCCACCCAAUGAAUAUUCAUGACGAUGUGCAUAUGACUGUUUUCACAAAAUAUUGAUGAACUUUAAAAUUCAAUAACUUCGUUCUUUGUUAUCCGAUUUUGAUGAAAUUUUCAGCAUUUUGCUUUGUGAAUUUUACUCUAUUUAUUCAGAUAUACAUAUUCUCAGUUCGGAGCCCGGAACAUCCCCUUAAUUGUAUGAUUAAUCCUAUAUUUUGUUCCAGACUCUAUUUGGCUUAUUUCGAAACAUCGGAUUAUCGUAUGGUAUAGUAAUCAUUAAGCCCAGUUCUUGUAAAAGCACCCACUUUAUAUCCAAAGGUGUCGAGUUCAAAGAACUGACCAGUCUUGGAUUUAAGAUGAGUAUUUCCCAAAAUGACGAGGGAUGUUUCUACAAAUGGUUAGAUUGCGUGACAUGAAAGAUGUAACCAUUCUAUUUUGCCUAAUUAUUUUAAGUGUCAAUUAAUAUAGACCAGACUGGUCGCAUAUUCAAGGAGUAUUAUGUCCGUAAUGUUGGACUGAACUUUUCUCAAAUAACGUUACGUAAGAUAUUUUUAUGAAAUAGUCGGGUUAUGAUAUCACACGACCCUACCUUCCGAUUGUUCAUAAUAAGCCGCAACUCUUAAUCUAAGGUGAUGAGAUCGAGAAUAUGACGUCAUGAAACAAACUGUGUGUGCAGGUACAUUCAUUCUCCUAUCUUUGCAACCUGACAUUAAAAGUUAAUUGAUUUCUGUAAAAAUGAACAUUACAAAAGAGGAUGUUAUAUCGCCCUUUAUUUUCUCAGCUUUUCACGGAGUUGAAAUGAGAUGUUCAAAUAUGAAUGAAUAUUAUUUGAUUCCACUUUCACGUCCAACUUUCUACUUUCUUUUCAUGUCACUUCUGAAUCAUGUAGUUCUCUUUCAUAAUAAUCCACCUCUCUCUCUCCCUCCCUUAUCGUCACUUUCAGUAUACCUCGUACAUUCAGGACAUCAAAAUCUUUCAAACAAUAAUUUCAGUGACGUUAUACACAAGGAUAUGAAAUUAUAUGAAUAUUUACACAUUUAUAUUUUCCUAAAAUUGUCUCUUGUCAGUUAACAUUGAUUGUAUUAUAAUAUAAAUAGAAGCAGAUGCGAUGCAGUAGGAAUAACUUUUAAUCUAAGAUAUAUCAAUGCAGCUAUUUAAAUGUUAUUAAAAUGAUUCGGUAAAAUAACCAGCUUUAUUCAUUUAGUCAAAAGUGAGAUAUAUUUGUAGUAAAACUUUGCGGACUUCCAGUGAAAUGAGCAAAAUGUAGACAUUUUUUGUUUCAAAAAUCAAAUUUCUGUAAUUUGCACUAGGUUUAGUAAAACACAACAACAAAUAAGUAAACUAGUCACGACAAUAACCGUUUGCAGAUUUUAUUUCGGGGUGGUGUACACAAGCACAACAUUCAGGAAUACGAGGAAGUGAAUCGACCGAGCUUAAUUUGAGGUUACCGAAAAAAUAAUUAACUAAAUUCGUUGUCAUCUCUACUCACAUUCUUGUCAAAUUAUGUUAUUGAACCUUGGGAUUCAUUUACGAAAGAAUGUCAAGAAAACUCACCUCUAAACAUCAAACACACUUUGAUUUUCCAUACGUCAUGCGUGAAUAUAUAACUUAUGGUUGGUUUUGAGUGAUGGACCUUUAGGUCCCAGUGACUCCCAUGAAGCUUAAGGAC